AUGACCCGGAGCGCAUCCAGGCGCCACCUCAGUCCUUCCAAGACCCCUGCGAAGAAACCGAACAAGAGGAACUUCGAGGACAGUAGCGAGGGCGAGGAGGAAGUCGAGAUCGACGAGCUUGAGGAUGAUGAGAAGCCCCCCGUCAACAAGAAGAAGAACACCACCAGGAAGCGCGCUGCCACCUCCAAGAAGACCGGUGGCUCCGCCGAUGCCAAUGGAGAGUGGACCGCUGCCAAGCGUGCCCUCUUGGUCGAAAAGCUGAUAGACGCCGGCUACAAAAGUCUCGACUUGAGUGAGGUCGCCACAGAGCGCCAGCUCAUCAACCAGCUCGGUAAAGGCCGUGUUGGCAAUAUCCGCGACCGGUGCAUCAGGUUGAUGAAGGAAGAGGAGUAA